ACGACGGCCGUGAACUGGAGAAACAGCCCAUAUGCUCCUAGGUGCUUUGCCGAGCUCUCCGGUCUCUGUCCGCCUCCAUCCCUGGGCUCUGGCAAGAGCAGGCUGGUGUGUCACACGGGGUUGAACUGGAAGAAGUCGCCAUAUAGCAUGACGAUUGGAAUCCCGCUAAAAGGUCGAUGCCGGUCGUCCCUACACUGCCGCAAGCGGCUGUCCACGGCCGCGAGCGUGAGACCGCCCACCUGGCUGAUCUCG